CAGAUAACUUUCAUACGGCCCUUGGAAACCUCUGUGACAAAAUUGCAUUGCUGUUCAAAUAUCAGCACAACUUCUGUUUUAUAAUGAAGUCUAAUUUUAAAUGCUCUUUUUAAUAAAUCAAGUAACUUAUAAAGACACUGCUGUAAUCUAAUCUAAUGUAUUCCAUCUCAUCUCAUCACUGCCAAAUACUCUCUAUGAAAUGCUAUCUUUAUGAAAAUAUCUUAGGAAUCUGUAAGAACACUAAAGCCAUAAUUUGUUCAGAGAGAAUUUGCCUUUCUUGUCUUCUGAUGCUGAGAAUGUGUGACUUGCUCAAGGGCACUAGAUAUUGUAAAUAUGUAGUUCAGAGAUGUGAUAAUCUGUAAAGCAGACCUUAACAUAUGGCAGAAUAUGGAAGACCCAAAAUAAAUUCAAAAUGAAAAUCACAGCAAUUUACAUCUCAGGAAAACAUGUGAGAGAAUCGGAGUUGAAUGUUUUACAGUUCACCAUCACAGGUUAAUAAAAGAUUAUGUAAAGGGUUACAUUUAAAAUAAAAUGGGAAUAGAUUGUUUUCUGCCAUUCUCAUAAUCACUUUAUUUUCUUUUUAAUUUUAUAGAAUUGAGCAAAGAAUGAACACUACUGCAGUGAGGGAUUUCAUACUUUUGGGAUUUACUAACAAUCCACAACUCGAAAUCUUCCUCUUCCUCCUGCUGUUUGGGAUUUACCUCUUGACCCUGAUGGGAAACAUACUGAUUGUUGUCAUCACGCUGGUGAACCGACAGCUCUGCACCCCAAUGUAUUUCUUCCUUCGGCAUGUUGCAUUUGUGGAUAUUGGGUAUACAACUGUCCUUAUUCCUAAAACACUGGCCAAUAUGGCGACCGGUCGUAAGAGUAUUACUUUAACUGGUUGUUUCAUGCAAUGCUUUCUGCACUUUGUUUUGGGAACCACUGAGUUGCUCCUGUGGGCAGUCAUGUCUAUUGAUCGAUAUGUAGCCAUCUGCAACCCAUUUCACUAUUCAACCAUUAUGAGUGAUUGGCUCUGCUCCUUGCUAGUAUUUGGGUCCUGGUUUGGGGGAUUAUUGCUCAUUAUGGGCCCAGCCAUUGUAUUGUUCCAAAUGCCUUUUUGUGGCCCAAACACCAUCAACCACUUUUUCUGUGACAAUGGACCCCUGAUUAAACUUAUUUGCAUUGACACAACUCUGUUGGAAUUUGUUGAUUUUCUCAUUGCCAUGUUUUCACUCCUUGGGACUUUAACCAUAAAUGUGGUGUCUUAUGUCAAAAUUAUUUCCACCAUCAUGCGUAUCCCAUCAAAAACCGGAAGGCAGAAGGCCUUUUCCACUUGUGCUUCCCACAUAACUGUGGUUUCCAUCACUUACAGUAGUUGUAUCUUCAUGUACAUAAAACCCAAAAGCACCAGUGAAUUGAGCUAUAGUAAGGCAGUGGCUGUUUUUAAUACUCUUGUAGCUCCUCUACUGGUCCCGUUCAUCUACUGCCUGAGGAACAAGCAAGUUCAAGAUGCCUGGUAUGCUGUUUUUAGGAAGUGUGUUAUUUUCUGCAAGGGCUAUAAAUGA